AUGACAGUAAGCCAAAGCAUCGAAAGAAACAUAAUCGUACUACCUUCGCAAUGUGGUAAUGAUCUUACGAUUUUUGAAUUACCUCAUCCUUCCAACAACACUUCUAAAUCUCGUAUAAGGCUUUUCCUAUCAAAUGGUAAAACUUUUCAGCUGAAACGUCACACCUUCAGCAAAGGUUGCAAGUACAAUAAGGCGAAAGAUGUGACCACAGAUAGAUACCAUUACACUCACGAUCAGAAGCCACUGAAAUCGACUUUCCUCGUUAACGAAAAUCAAAGAGAAGACGGACUUGUUAUGGAGCAAGGCGACUUUGAAUUUUCAGCUAAAUACGAUUUGGCAUUCAGCCUAUGUGGAGCAUUCUAUCAUAAGAGUAUUACUAGUGAUGAAUCAGAAUACAUCAUCAAAAAUGACGUGACUAAAGGCAUUGGCGCUGAAGACAAAAAUUUCCUCACGGCAAGAGAUUUUCACGAUGCUCUAAUAGACAAUCACGAUAAAAACUGGUCUUAUGUGUCAAUAUCUGCCCUUGAGAAUGCUUUGGCUCAGAUAAGUGAGUCCAUUGAGGAGGCGGGCGAUCAAUAUCAUAAAAUAACUCCUCAGAAGAUCAAUAACUGGCUCGCAGCCAAAGUUCAUGGUAUAGUCAAUAAUUUUCCAUCUAGCAUACCGCUUCCCAAAAACUUACCCGAAGACGUUCUUUCCAAAGCCAAGGUCGUUUUCGCGUGCAAUCUCCUAGUUUCUAUGAUACCUCAAGCCGCAUAUAUACAUCUUUUGCAGUAUUCGAACGAUGAACUUGAUAUUGCAAAUGCAUUUGAGGUCUACCGAAACUACACUGAACUCACUCUAAGGAAAGAAAAGGAGCAAGAGAUCCUAGUGAAUGCAGCCAUGAAAGUUGGAAUGGCCCAUGACUCUGGAAAGAAGGUAGGAACCAAGAAAAUAGUCAAAAUCACAAAAAUCAAAAAGGUCGCCGUAAAAAAAGGGGCAAUAGAUGGAUUCUUUAAGCGGAAAACUUGA